CUGUUAGUUGGGCCCCGUCACCGCUAGAGACGGAGUCCAGCUUGGUCAAUACGCAAACGCUUUUAUAGGAAGUCGCAGAUGUUUUUCACACUUCAAUCCAGUUUAUUCCAAGACUGUUCUCAUCUUUCUUACGACGGAAGAUCCUUGUUCCGUCCAGUCAGCAACACCUUGUAUCCGGCAUCUUGACUUUUUUGUGUGAGUUUAGCUCCCCAACUACAGCUACAAUCAAGAUCAGGCAAAUGACAACAAGAAUAUGCUCAGCAAUACAUCCAGGCGACUGUAGAGGGAUGGGCUCUGGGGAGUACUUGCUCGCAAGGGUCUUAUGACGCAUGCAGAAAUAGUCUGUCACAAUGAGUAACAACAGGUGCCUGCCGUCUGGUGACCAAUCAACUGGCAGCGUUUUCAACAUUUGUCGGGGAGGUGAUCGGUACAGCCAGUUCGAGGAUGAUGAUAUACUUGCACAUUCUCCUCCGCCACACGAAUUCCCAGUACCAAUCAAGUUUGAGCCAAGAAAAAGCAAAUUUCAUAGUCUGCAGGAGAAAGAAAAAAUAAAAGAUGUUGGCCAACCAUCGUAUCAGCUGCAGUCGACAGAAUGUGGUGCACCAAAAAUAAUCCUGAGAAAGCCCUGCAAGAUCAGGGGCGAGAAACUGAAGCAACAGCUUGCAACAUCGACUGAUUCCAAGAGAGUUGGUAUUGAUGGGAGUUCCCCUCAUGGGAGCAUUGAAGUACACCCCUCGUCUGUAGAAACUGUCCAGCUAUUUCAAAAAGCUCAUCAAGCUCAGGUGAACAGAUACCUGUCUCUGCCAAACGCAAGAAUGUUUCGCAGCAGCUCUGAAUCAUCGCUGUUCCAGUCAGUAGCAAGUGCACUGCAGCUGAAGGGAGAUAACUCCGUUGUCGAGCCAAACAACAGUGGUACAAUGACCAGGACAUCUGCAGAGAAAAUGUCUGAUCAGAUGGGGAAAAAAUCUGUGACAUUAACAACUGAACAUGAGUAUGAUGAAGGGAAUUUGUCCAGAGUUUCAAUGACAUCGGAAUUCAAUAAGUGGUUAUUUGGUGGCAAAAAAAAAAUGGAUGUGCAAAAUAAGGAUGUCAAUGUGUUCAGUCCAACAUCAUUCUGAAAGUUGUACUGUUAAA